AAACCCAACAUCCUCUUCAUCUGCAUCCAUAACGCCGGCCGCUCCCAAAUGGCCGCAGCCUACUUAUCGCAUCUUGCAGGCGACACAAUCGAAGUUCGUUCCGCCGGAUCCGCCCCCGUCGAGUCUAUCAAUCCUCAAGUGGUGAAGGCCAUGUUAGAGGAAGGUAUUGAUCUUAGGGGCCAGAAACCAAAGAUUCUUACCCCUGAUGCUGUGGAAGGAAGUGAUGUGGUUGUUACUAUGGGAUGUGGUGAUGCGUGUCCGGUUUAUACGGGAAAGCGGUAUAUUGAUUGGAUACUAGAUGACCCUGCGGGAAAGGGGUUGGAAGGGGUGAGGGUUAUUAGGGAUGAGGUGAGGAGGAGGGUGGUGGGCUUGUUG